ACAAAAUCUGUGGUCCGUUGCAUUUCACUUCAAUCAGAGGCUCUCAUAGCAACAACUUUGCUUUCCAUAUUUCUUCAAGCCAUGGCUGUCAAGUUCCAUGUAAACCCCUCCUGCAUUGUCACUGCCACUAGAAACAGAUCAUCUGUUCUCUCGCUUCAAUACCUUACUUACCGGAACAGAAGUUUUUUUCCUUUCUCCCUCACAGUCACAAGAUGUUCCACCACCAAAAGUAGUGAAACGGGUCAAGAUUCGACCUCUAUCUCGUUGAAGAGAGGGCUGGUUCUUGAUCUUGGCGUUUCUAAGGACUCCUGGGACAGUGAGGAGAUUGGUUCUCCGGUAGUGAAGAGAUUCUUAAGUGAUAACAAAGAGAGAUGGUACAUGUGGUACCAUGGAAGCUCGAAGCAAAACCCUGUUUCAGAUUCUAUCGGCUUAGCGGUUUCAAACAAUGGGGUUCAUUGGGAAAGAGGGAAAGGUAAGGUUGAGUCAAACGAAGAUGUGGGUUUGGUUAUGAGCAAUGGUGAAGACUGGUGGGGAUUUGAUACUGCAAGUGUUCGACCCGGUGAAGUUGUUAUAAUGUCGAGUUCUAAAGUCAGAGCUGAUAGCUCUGUUUACUGGAUGUAUUACACUGGCUACAGUACCGAGACGGUUGAGAUUCAAUCCCAAGGUUGCACUUCCGUGUUGGGAAAUCCAGAAAGGUUUCUUCUUAGUGAUGAGAAUGUUGAGAAAUCUAAGGUUUAUAGGUCACUCCCUGGUUUAGCAAUUAGUCAAGAUGCUAGGCAUUGGGCUAGAAUUGAAGGUGAGCAUCAUAGUGGAGCUUUGUUUGAUGUUGGGUCUGAGAAAGAUUGGGACUUUCUCUAUAUUGCAUCCCCACAUGUAGUUUUCCAUGGAGAUGGUGAUCUAAGAAUGUAUUACCAUUCUUUUGAUGCUCAAACCAGUGAAUUCUGCAUUGGGAUGGCAAGGUCUAGAGAUGGGAUCAAGUGGUUGAAAUUGGGAAAGAUCAUAGGAGGAAGAUAUCCUUGUGUGACAAGGAACAAAAGAGAUGAGAGUUACAUGAUGGCAUAUGAAGGUGUAGAUAGUAGUGGGAGAACGAGCAUUGGCUUGGCGGUUUCAAAAGAUGGGAUUAAGGAUUGGAAACGGGUUCAGAGCGAGGAAACUGUGGUUGGAGUUGGUGAAGGAGGUGCGUGGGACAAUGAAGGAGUAGGGUGUCCAUAUUUGAUUGAGAUGGAUGGAGACUCUGAUCAUCAAUGGAGAUUGUAUUACAGAGGUGUUGGUAAUAGUGGCAAAACAGGGAUAGGGUUGGCUGUCUCUGAAGGGAAUGAGAUCACUAAGUUUACAAAACAGACUGGGAUUCACUUGUGAGAGACUAACAAACAAAAUCAAUCUCUAUUGUUCUUUUGAUUGGUAAUAACACAUUUUGAUAUUAAAGAGUUUUGAUUAAGCGGUUUAAAUACAGCUCAGCUGGUCUUGAAACUA